AUGCAGACAUAUUCCAAGGUACAGCCAGACAUGCUCAAUGUACACUUGGUGGCCCAUACACACAAUGACGUGGGAUGGAUCAUGACAGUGGACCAGUACUUUUUUGGACUGUAUCCAGAGGCCCCUUUUAUUUGUGUGUGGAAGAUCCUGAACUCAGUGGUUGAAGCCUUGCUGGCUAAGCCCACUCGCCGCUUCAUCUAUGUGGAAAUAGCCUUCUUCUCCCGCUGGUGGAAGAAACAGACAGAGGAAAUGCAGGAGGCUGUGCAGGACCUGGUGCGCCAGGGGCGCCUGGAAUUUGCCAAUGGAGGCUGGGUCAUGAACGACGAGGCAACUACCCACUAUGGAGCCGUAGUGGACCAGAUGACCCUUGGGCUACGCUUCCUGAAGGACACCUUUGGCAAAGAUGGACAUCCUCACAUUGCCUGGCAAAUCAACCCCUUUGGCCACUCACGUGAGCAGGCCUCACUCUUUGCCCAGAUGGGCUUCGACGUUGUCUUCUUAGGGCGAGUAGACUAUCAAGAUAAGCAGUGGCGAGAGGAAGCGCGUGAGAUGGAGCUGGUGUGGCGGGGCAGCUCGACUCUCCAUCCCCCAGCUGCCGACCUCUUCACUAGUGUGCUCCCCAACAUGUAUGAACCACCCUCUGGAUUUUGUUGGGAUUCUCUGUGUUCUGACCCAGACUUGGUAGAGGAAAUUAGCAGCAGUGACUACAAUGCUGACAAGAUGGUGACACGCUUUCUUCAAGUGGCUGCUGACCAGGCCAGGAACUACCGCACCAACCACAUCUUAAUGACCAUGGGCUCAGACUUCCAUUACAAGAAUGCGCAGAGGUGGUUUGAGAACCUUGACAAGCUCAUCUGGCUGGUCAAUGCACAGCAGCAGGCCAACGGGAGCCAAGUCCACGUUCUCUACUCCACCCCAGCCCGUUACCUCCACGAGCUGAACAAGGCCAACAUCACCUGGUCACUGAAGCAGGAUGACUUCUUGCCUUAUGCCAGCAACCCCAACAAGUUCUGGACCGGCUACUAUUCCAGCAGACCAGCCCUCAAACGUUAUGAGCGCCUCAGCUACAACUUCCUGCAGGUGUGCAAUCAGCUGGAGGUGCUGGCAGGAUCUUCAGCCAACUCAGGACCCUACGGCUUAGGGAGCAGCAUACCACUGAGGGAAGCAAUGGCAGUACUCCAGCACCAUGAUGCGGUCACCGGCACCUGCACGCAGUUCGUGGCUGAUGACUAUGCCCGCCAGCUUGCUGAGGGCUGGGAAAUCUGUGAGGUGGUCCUGAGCAAUGCUCUGACCCAACUCAGUGGCUCCAAGGAGAAUUUCACAUUCUGCCAGAAACUCAACAUCAGUGUCUGUCCCCUCAGCAGUUCAUCUGCAUGCUUCCAGGUCCUCGUCUACAACCCUCUGGGGCGCCAAGUGAAUUGGAUGUUGAGGCUUCCAGUCAACCAGAGGAGUUUCAUUGUCCAGGACCCUAAUGGACAGACAGUGCCCAGUGAAGUGGUACACAAUCCAGGACUUGACAGUAGAAUGCACCCUCUAGAGCUGCUAUUCAAAGCCUCUGCACCUGCCCUGGGAUUCAGCAUCUACUCUGUGAUCCACAUUCCUGAGAAGGACUCCAAGACUGGCUCCAGCUGUUCAGGCUCACAGAGGUCACAGUCUUCUGUUCUCGCCAUUGAAAAUGAGCACACCCGGGCUGUAUUCAAUACCCACACGGGACUUUUAAAAGAGAUUGAGAACCGGGACCAGAAUCUUGUGCUGCUCAUCCAGCAGACCUUCUUCUGGUACACUGCCGACACAUCAGGAGCCUACGUCUUUGCACCUAAGGGGGAUCCACAGCCCCUGAGUCUCUCACCUGAGACACGUCUAGUGAAGACACCCUUGGUGCAGGAGUUGCACCAGAAAUUCUCUGACUGGUGUUUCCAAGUGGUUCACCUGUACCCAGGACAGAAGCACUUGGAGCUGGACUGGAAAGUGGGGCCAAUACCUCUAGAUGAUGACACUGGAAAAGAAGUCAUCAGUCGCUUUGACACGACGCUGGAGACACGUGGACGCUUCUACACGGACAGCAAUGGCCGGGAGAUCUUGGAGAGGAGGAGAGAUUACAGGCCCACCUGGAACCUCACCCAGACUGAUUCGGUGGCGGGAAACUACUAUCCAGUCAACAGCCGCAUUUAUAUCACGGAUGGGAAGAUACAGCUGACAGUGCUAACUGACUGCACCCAGGGGGGCAGCAGCCUUAAGGAUGGCUCCCUGGAGCUCAUGGUGCACCGGAGGCUGCUUUUCGAUGACCAAAACGGUGUGAAUGAACCGCUGCUGGAGACCAACGAUUUCGGGAAAGGUCUGUGGGUGCAAGGCCGACACCUUGUGCUCCUGGACAAGACCCAGACCGCGGCCGCUGGUCACAGGCUGCUGGCAGAGAAGGAGGUCCUGGCCCCACAGUUAAUGUUGGCCCCUGGCAGUGACACCACAUGGAACCACGAAAGGAUCCCUCACAGAACGUUCUCAGGUCUCUGCAGGGAGCUGCCUCCCUCCGUGCGCCUGCUCACGCUGGCCUCCUGGAGCAAGGAGAAGGUCCUAUUGCGUCUGGAGCACCAGUUUGCCGCCAGCGAGGGCAACUUGAGCUCCCCUGUGACCUUGAACUUGAAGGACCUGUUCUCCACCUUCACCAUCACUUGCCUGGAGGAGACCACGCUGGCGGCCAACAAACCCCGAGCUGGGUCCUCCAGGCUCCAGUGGAAAACAAACAUGGGCCCCGCCCACCACUCUCCCUCCUCCUCCUCCUCCUCCUCCUCCCUGGAUUCCGCUGCCAUCACGCUGCAGCCCAUGGAGAUCCGCACUUUCCUGGCCUCUGUCAAGUGGAAGCCUGCUGAGGAGGGACAGGACAGCUGUGUAAGAGACCAGGCCCCCUCCACCACGGGCUGGGCAAACCGCUGCCUCUACAUCCUCCUGCUGCUGUUACAAACCAGUCAUUAA